AUGUCAAGCAAUCAGAAUCAAAAUCAGAAUCAGAAUGGCGGGAGGAGCCGAUGCGCAGGGUGCAAAUUCCUGAGGAGAAGAUGUGCCCAAGAUUGCAUCUUGGCUCCUUAUUUCCCUCCAAACAAUCCUCACAGAUUCGCUUCCGUCCACAAAGUUUUCGGGGCCAGCAAUGUUACCAAGAUGUUACAGGCAGUGCCAGAGGAGAUGAGAGGGAAAGCAGCAGACUCCAUGUCUUAUGAGGCAAGCAUACGUGUCCAGGACCCGGUUUACGGAUGUGCUGGGAUGAUCUACCAGCUCCAGAAUCAGAUCAUGGAAGUCCAAUCUCAGAUCGACAUUGUCAAGGGCAAAACAGCUUUCUACUCUGCGCAGCAACACCAGCAGCAGCAGCAGCAGAUAGAAAUUGGUGUUGGAGAUGGUGGUGGUUUAGGGUUUGGAGACUUCCAUGGUGUUGAUGAUCAGUUCCUGUUGUGGAAUGGUCUAGCUGGUGUUCAACAUUUAGAAGACAAGUUUAAUUGA